GAGGAGCAAGUCAAAACACCGGUCACUGUACGCAAAGUUAUUUAACAAGCUAGCGGAGAAAGCAGAUGUCCAUUCAACAGACGUGUGUCAGUGAUUGUUCAUCACUUUAGAAACUUUUUAACCGCAAGACGUUAGUGUUUAGGUAGUUAUUAUAACCCAAACGUUAGAAGCUCACUCUGAUGUCAUGUAUGGAUCGUCCGCGGUGCGUCAAGCGCGUGAAAGACUGUAAACGAAAGUAACCAGAGGGAUUUACUAACUUUAUUUGAAGAGUUUUUUUUUCCAGAAGAGGAAAAAUCAUGUUCCCUAUCGACUCUCCGUGGAAUAUUUCUUUCGCUGGCUGUGGUUUUCUGGGUAUUUAUCACAUCGGAGUGGCCAGCUCUCUCCAGGAGCACGCGCCGUUUCUGGUGGAGAAUGCGCGUCACAUUUACGGCGCGAGCGCAGGCGCGCUCACGGCCUCUGCGCUGGUCAGCGGGGCCUGUUUGGGAGAGGCCGGAGCCAACAUCAUUGACGUGGCUAAAGAAGCCCGGAAGCGCUUCCUCGGGCCCAUGCACCCCGCCUUUAACCUGGUGAAGAUCAUCCGAAACAUGCUUCACCGCACGCUCCCCCCCGACAGCUACACGAGGGCCAGCGGCCGCCUGGGCAUCUCUCUCACCCGCGUGACGGACGGAGAAAACGUGCUGGUGUCACACUUCAACAGCAACGAGGAACUCGUGCAAGCGUGUAUAUGCAGUACUUACAUUCCCGUGUACUGUGGCCUGAUACCGCCGACCCUGCAGGGAGUGCGGUAUGUGGACGGAGGCAUCAGUGAUAAUUUGCCCCAGUACGAGCUGAAAAACACCAUCACGGUGUCUCCGUUCUCAGGAGAAAGUGACAUCUGCCCUCGAGACAUCAGCUCAACCAACAUGCAUGAGCUCCGCUUCACCAACACAUCCAUUCAGUUCACGCUGGCCAACCUGUACAGGGUCUCCAGAGCACUCUUCCCACCUGAUCCAAUGGUGAUGAAGCAUAUGUGCAAGCAGGGAUACAAAGACGCUUUACACUUCCUGAAGAAAAACGGUCUGUUACAGUAUCGAGGUCCACACCACAUGCUAGCCAUAGCUGGUGCAGGGGCCGAGGAAGACUCUGACAGUGAGGAUGAUGAAGAGUCAGAGAGAAGAGAGGACAGAGAAACAGAGGCCCAAGAUCUCUCCAGCAUCGAGGAACACAUCUAUGAACACUUGCCUCCUCGAUUACAUAAAGCGCUAGUGGAGGCCUGUAGGGAGAGGCGGAGCCUGUUGCAGUCGCUAAGCAACAUGUUGCCUGUCAGAAUGGCUUCUGCCAUCCUGUUACCAUACACACUUCCUCUGGAAUCAGCUCUGUCAGUGAGCAUCAGGCUGUUGGAGUGGUUGCCAGAUAUUCAGGAGGAUGUGGGCUGGAUGAAGGAUCAGACAGUGAAGCUGCUGCAGGGUGUUUUAUCACAUGCAGGGAGGAGCAUGUCACAGCAGGUGUCGGCUCGAUUUUCAUAUCAGCUGGAAUUGAAACAUUCCCAGUCGGUCCCGUCCAGCUUUAGUGCGUCUCGUCUGCUGCCAGGCUGGGUCUACGGGGGCAGCUCGACAGUCCUGGACGCCAUGCUGCGAUUGGACCAGUACCAGCGCCAACUCCUGCCAGGCCUUUUCUGCGUCAACCUGGACUUCCGAGGGUCUUUCACCACCAGUUCGGCCCACCCCAGUGCCUCAAGCGCCCAGAGCCACCAAGAAGCAAUGGAGGGUCUUACCAUGCGUGCUCUCGGAGCCCCGAACACCAGCCUGCUGCUUUAACCUCUGGGCCUGAAAGACCAUUAUAUCCCACAAUGCACUGUGAUGAUGCCUAGGAACUUAUGAGUCAAGCGUUUCAGAAUGCAUCAGCAAAAAGAAAGCAAAUUUUUAUCUGUGAGAAGCAUGAUUUGAUGUGAAGAGCACAUUCUGAAUCGAGACAAAAAAAAGAAAAGCUAAUUGAGAACUUUAUAUUUAUUCACAGCCUGA